AUGAAAUUCAUAUACGUUCUCAGUGGAUGGGAGAGCUCAGCUCAUGAUUCAAAAGUAUUAUAUGAUGCUUUGACGAAAUUUUAUCCAGCUGAUUAUGGAUUUGCCAACAGACGCAAAUUUUUAGCUCCUUUUCGAGGUACUAAAUACCAUCUUCAAGACUUUACUGGCCAAGGUUGUGAUCUCGAAACUCCACAUGAAUUGUUCAAUCAUCGUCAUGCCUCCUUGAGAAACGUGAUUGAGAGAAUAUUUGGAAUAUUCAAAUCACGAUUUCUAAUAUUUAAAUCUGCUCCUCCAUUUUCUUUCAAGACACAAACAGAAUUGGUACUGGCUUUUGUAGCUUUACAUAAUUUUCUUCGCAAGCAUUGUCGCUCAGAUGAGUUUCCUGUUGAAGUUCCCAAUCAAGCUACCACUGAAGAAAAUAUGGAAGGCAACAAUGCAAGAGAUGAUUCUGAAAAUGUUGAAGAAAUUUUGGAGACACAGGAUCAAGAAAGAGAAAGUGCUAAUAUCUGGAGAGAAGCAAUGGCUGAAAAAAUGUGGAAAGAUGCAACUAUUUAG